UCGUUACCCUAGACACAGUAUCGAUUGAAAACAAACGACAGAGAGGUGGCUAUACGUGUAUCCUGUUCUAGUUUGUCGCAUGAAAAUGAAAAAGCGACCUUAUUUACUAGUAUUCUCUUCAAAUUCGCCAAUUAAACACUAUUAUUUUAUCAAUACUGUAUUUUAGUGAUUAAUUCAUGAAAAUGUAGGUGUUAGUGAACUUAAUAAAGUACAUAAAUUCCCUUUUUCCUGAAUAGUCAUGUUUCACAGAAAUGACAACUGAACAUAAAGACAGCUUAAUGAUGAGCAGGUUCAAGGUGUUCUGUAGUGGGCAAGCGUGUGGCGCAAGAUGGACCCUCGGAGCCCUACUUUUGGCACCCCUCACUGCAGCGAACCCCAAUUACUGUGCCGUGCCAGCUACAAUUCUGGUUGCUAUAUUCAUCACUUUUGCAUCGUUCACAAACAGGGACCUAAAGAAAUUGGCAGAAGUGCUCCCACCUUCUAAAACUGGACGAGGAAGACGGGAACGCAAUUUAAGAUCGUUCGCCGAUUUCAUGGCUAUGUGGAUGUGGUUUUUGUCGCAUCUAGUGGCUGUUGCCGUUUGUGCCAGAAUUCUUAGCGCGACUGCGGAUCAUGUAACUGGAAGUAGAACUAGGCGGUGGUUGUUUGGCUACGAAGCCAGGUCACUUGGAGAACCUUGGCCUGAUGUAUUGGGAGUCACUGUAGUGUUGGUGGUUUGCGCUAUGUUCAUGUGUGGGCUGGAGGAAAGUAUGAUGUUUACGUGUCUACUAUUGAUUAUUCUGUAUAUAUUCAGUCAGUCUUUUACGAUAUAUGGCCUUAUGAAUUUGGAUAUAACCAAUAUUAAGAUUCCUAUACCUAUUACCGUGUAUGAGUUAUUCGCUGCUGGUGCUCCCAUAUCGUACACAUUUUGUACAGUACAAAAGAAGAAUGAUAAUGAAAGUUUUAAUAGGAAUGUGUUACUUAUGAUUGGCCUACCAGCUCUUGUUCUAUGUUGCCUUUGUUUCCUUUACACAAAUAUGUUGAACGGUACAAGCAUUGACGCUGCAUUACCAAUGACAACGUUAUUAGAAGCGCGGGUGGCUGGGUGGAUAUGUCCAGUUUUAGCAGCUAUAACCGUAGCAGGAGUCUGUCUAGCAUUAACAGAGCUCUGUCCUUUACUUUUUUCUGUACUCGUCCUACUCGCCUCCCCAGAAUGGAAGGUACUAACCCGUUCCAUGACGUAUGAAAGUACGACAACAGGAAGUCCGGUCUUAGCUGUCUUUACAGCAGGAAGCUUAGCCGCCAUACUGGCAUUUGCGUGUCCACUCGCUCACAUGAUCACACUUAUGAAUGCUAGCCAUUUAAUGAGCCUGACAAUUCAGGCUCUACACUUUAUCAUUAUGAGAUGCGUGCCUACAACUGAACAAAUUGAAGCCGGUGAUGUUGAAUAUAAGCGUCUCGGCAUCGGUACCAGCAUUGCCACAAGAAAGUCUUCAGGACUAAAACGUAAACGCAGCCUUUGGUUCAUACCUUCAGCGAUACGUCACACAAAGACUUUGGAGAGCAUUAAAUCUAAAGUGAAUAAAGAAGAGAGAGAAUGCCUACUCUUAGACGAGUAUUCUGGCUGUCAAAGUGAAGAAGUAGAACAACGCUCUGGCAGUGGGCUUGCUGAAUUGGCCGAAGCAGAGGUUGUUGACCUCCAAUCCGAUAUGGAGGCUAGCGAAGGGGAACUUUCAUCGGGAGACGAUUCUACUGAUAUUGAUGCAGUUGUAAAGGAGUAUAGAGACAGAAUACAGGUCGUAACAGCCAUCCCCGAAUCAAGUACACCAGCGCCACCUAGCGUACGAGGCGCGCGAUGGGUAGCUGUCGGUGCUUGUACGCAGCUGAUAGCGAGCGCCUUUAUUGCUGCAGCUUUCUGCUGCGAGAAAUACAGAGUGCCUAUGUUUGCUACUGGAAUACCAUUAUGGUUAUGUGGGACAUUCAUAUCAAUAUGGCACCCAGCACACCUCGUUGGCAUCAAGAAGUUGAACCAGUUGCAAGGACCUAUAACGAUGCUACUCUCGCUUCUGCUUCUCACACCUUUACUUUUGGAUUCUUGGCCAGCUAUUAUCCUUUUCGCUGGAGCUGGUGUUGUUAUAUACGCACGCUGUGAACGCUGGUGCGGCGACUUAGCAGUACAUCAAGCACGCAGUACCCUAGAGCGCCGGAAGCUGCGUCAUGUCACCGCCACUAUGCCGCUAGGUGGCGCACGACUUACGCAUAUCGAUACAGUGUACAUCACUAGAUGACAAGACGAUGACUCGGAUUCGAGUCUGGACAACUUGUUGGACGCUGAGGAUGACAUGGAAGCUGACGGCGAAUGACAUGAACCCAUUAUCAUCAUUACAUGAAUUCAAUACGACCCUAAUAUGAGAAAACAAUAUUGAAUUACAUGUGCAUGUACGCGAAGCAGACUAUAUUUGUUACACUGUAUCACUAGCAGAAAUAGUUUGAUAACAAUUGAUGCGACAAUUAUUUUUAAGAACCCCACAAAAUACGAAAAAAGCUCUACUUUAUGGUUCGAAUUCCAUAACAUUUCAAAUAAUUUUGUUAUAACCCCUACUAAAAAAAUCAAAGAUCAUAGAAAAAAAUUGUUUGACUGAUCUACUUGACAAAAGACACUGUUUUUAUUCUAAAGAACUCAUAUAAUUAAUAUACUCUCGUUUCUAUAGUAUUCCAAAAAUAUCCUUGCUUAAAAGUACGAAAAUCACCUCUGUUUAUAGCACGCUAAGAGUUAUUAUAUAUUGUAAGUCUUAUAAACCAAAGUCGCUUUUUUAAUCGAUAUCUGUGUAUCUCGAUCACGUUAGGCGAACCGGGUCUAAUUUUAUUAUGAAAAUAUUCACAUACUUACCUAAUUCUUAUUUACCACAAUAUAGAAUAUUGUAUGUUAUCCGUCCCUAUACAAAAUAGGAGAAUGUAUUUUAAAUAAAAUCUAACAACCACAUUUGGACGUUUCUGACAUUUAACAAUUAUUAUUAACAUUUAAUGAUAUAGCUAUAAAUAUGUUUUAUAGUGCUUCAAGCGAAUUUUUAAAUAUAUAAGAUAUUUUUGCAGGUAUAAUGCCUUAGAUUGUGAACAUAGAUUUUGAGGGUUAACAAGCUUUCAAUGUUCUAAACAAUGCCUUAGAUUAGAUGUUGUUGAAUUGAAUAAGUCGUUCUAUCAAUUAUUAAUGUAAGGGGUUUUAGCAAUUCUGUAGAUAUUCGUAAUUGUAUAAUUUGAAA